ACCUAGUUUACGGCUCCGGGCUCAGGCUCCAGUGCGGCCGCUGAUUGGCUGCUGAAGGCUUGGUCCCAUCCCAGUGACCCCAAAGUGCUGGAGGGAGGGGGCGGGGGUGGAUCAGUGCAAAGUGCAUCCCGAAAGCCCCCUGCCUGGAUCCCCCGCGGCUGGCACUUCGGACCCUGAAUGACCUGGGACCUCGCUGCCCCGAGACCUCCUGUGUCCCCUCGUAGCUGGGAGCCUCCGGCCCGGAGCGCGGCAGCCCCCUGCUCCGAGCCCUCAGACGGGCACUGCCCCCCCACCCGAGCCGGGACUUCCUCCCUGCACCCCUGCCCCGAGGCUGCCCGGCGGCCAGGACCGCCGCCUCCAGUCUUUUCGGCAGUCUGGAUGCUAGCCGGGCUGGGGCCGUGAGGCAUCGAGGAGGAUCAAGAACACCCGUGUCCGGCCCUGCCUGGGCUGUUUCUUCAAUGGAGAAGUUGGUGAGUGUGGAGGAGGCUGAAAGAAAGAAGAGAAGCAGCAGCUGAGGAGACAGGUUUGAGCUGGCUAGGGGAGGCGAGAGAGCAGGAACGGGGCUGCCCACCCACCAGAGAAGCAGCAGAGAGCCUCUGACCAGCAUCCUCCAUAAAGGUUAAGAAAGAGCUCAUUGACACUGGAAUCUGGACACACUCUGAGCCCCCUACUCACGAUGCUGUAUGUGCACAAUGGUUAUUAGGCAAUCCACGUAUCAGGAAAAGGGGCAUUCUUCCCGUAAGGCUGAUCCCUGUGACCUAAUGAAUCCUUUGUAAAAAGUGGACUCAGCUAGGAUGUUACACCACCAUUGUCGAAGGAACCCUGAACUCCAGGAAGAGUUGCAGAUUCAAGCUGCAGUGGCUGCCGGGGAUGUUCACACGGUACGAAAGAUGUUAGAACAAGGCUAUUCUCCAAAUGGCCGGGAUGCUAAUGGCUGGACCCUGCUUCAUUUCUCUGCAGCAAGAGGAAAGGAAAGAUGUGUUCGAGUAUUUCUAGAACAUGGAGCUGAUCCCACAGUUAAGGACUUAAUCGGAGGCUUCACUGCACUUCAUUACGCAGCCAUGCAUGGCCGGGCUCGGAUUGCACGCCUGAUGUUAGAAUCUGAAUACAGGAGCGACAUUAUUAAUGCAAAAAGCAAUGAUGGCUGGACUCCCCUUCAUGUGGCUGCUCACUAUGGUAGGGACUCAUUUGUCCGACUCCUACUGGAGUUCAAGGCUGAGGUUGACCCGCUCAGUGAUAAAGGUACAACGCCGCUUCAGCUCGCCAUUAUCCGAGAGAGGUCAAGCUGUGUGAAAAUCCUCCUGGACCACAAUGCCAACAUCGACAUUCAGAACGGUUUCCUGUUGCGAUACGCUGUGAUCAAAAGCAAUCACUCUUAUUGCCGAAUGUUCCUUCAGAGAGGAGCAGACACAAACUUGGGUCGCUUAGAAGAUGGACAAACUCCUUUACAUUUGUCUGCCCUUAGGGAUGACGUGCUUUGUGCACGGAUGUUAUAUAAUUAUGGAGCGGACACGAACACAAGGAACUAUGAAGGACAGACCCCACUGGCUGUUUCAAUAAGCAUUUCUGGAAGUAGUCGACCGUGUUUGGAUUUCUUACAAGAAGUCACAAGACAGCCCAGAAACUUGCAGGACCUGUGCCGAAUUAAAAUUCGACAAUGUAUAGGCCUUCAAAACCUAAAGCUACUUGAUGAACUACCAAUUGCCAAGGUCAUGAAAGACUACUUAAAACACAAAUUUGAUGAUAUCUGAUAUACACAGAACUGUGAGCAAGAUUAGGAGUUAUAUUCCAGAUACUUAAAAGGCUUUUUGCCUUGCACAAAGUAUAUCCUAUGCAAUUUCUGAUUUGCUGUGAAAUCAGAAAGCAGGUAUACACUUUUAGGUUUUGUUUGUUUGUUUGUUUGGUUUUCAUUGUAGGGGAGGGGUGUUUUUAUAUAUAUAAACACACACACACACACACACACACACCCCACAUGCUUGAAGGUCUUAAUUUGGUUUCUUGGUCCAAGUUUACGAGGUUCAAGCUUUCUAUACAAUAUUGCAUUUAAAACAAUUGUUUUUCCAAAAUGACACAAGCAGGUUAGGAGUGGAGAAUUUACCCUUUCCAAAUUUAUGGUUUCGUUGACGUGCACAAUAUUAUAAACCAGCAGAGCACUUGUUACAGUUUGGAGGCACAGUUUUACCCGGGGCAUCCUGGGUUCUACUGGAAAAUGCUCUAAGAAAAUUUUAAAGUAACGCUGUCACCUCAGUCAUUUUUAAUGAGUACAAAUUGGCUGUUUCAAACUGUUCUUUUCCUAAUUAAUGUAGCUUUGGAUGACAUAAAUCCAUUACCUCUGCUUUCCUGUUGGUGUGCUCUUGUUUUAAACUUAUUUUUUUAACAACUGUAGUACACUACCCAGAGACGUUGCGUCUCAACUUCUGUCUCUAGUUGAAUUGUGCUUUUAAAAAAACUAAUGGGAAAGAAAAUAACUUUGUAAAGCCCGUGUAUUCUGUUUUUAAAACAGUGCCUCCAGUGCAGUACUCUUUCUGGUGUAUUUUAUCCAUUAUUUCACUUGAUGUUCCUCAUUCCACAGCUGGCUUUGACAUGCCUGUGAGAACAGGAACCACCACUAAUUUUAAUUGCAGAACCAUAGUAUGUCAGUUGCAAUUUCCAUUUUAAGCUUUGUCUUUUACUUCACUUUAAGCCGAAAAUUUCAUGUCCUGGUGGUAGAGUAUUCCCUAAAAAUAGCCCCAAAUAUUGUUAAACCAUUUGGCUUUAAUGGUUAAAUAAUUUGGGGUGGUUUCAUGGUGUUUUUUUCCUCCCAGUUGAAAUAAAAUUUCUAAAGGGUAAAAUUUCUAAUGGGUGCACAUUUGUAAAUCUGGUUAAUUCCUAAUAUGCUAAUUAAGCAUUUCCUAUCUAUUUUAAAGUUAUGCACAGUGACGCUCUUCAGAACAGUUAUUUUCUGGGUUGAUUGGCAUAUGUUUGCAGUGUAAACAUAAAUAUGAUAAAGUGUCAAUAACAGUGGUUCUAGAGGCAUUAGAGAUCUAUGGUGAUGCCCUUGGAAAUGAGUUCUGUGCUUGAUUUGUCAUCAUAUUAGUUUCAGAAGAAACUUUAAAAAUAUCCCAGUAUUGUUCUUAGUGCUUUAGGAAAUUUCAGAAUAGUUACAUACCAGUAAUAAAUUCGUUAUCAGAAGUUUACAAGAUGAAGGGCUUCUCUUGUCUGAAUUUCACCUGAAAAGUAUAACUAAGCAGAAUUAGGAGUCUACUCUGGCUUUACCCUUUUCAGAGCCAGCAGUGUUAUUUCCUCAAGCACAGAGUUUAUUCUCUUGGAUGCAGAGUAGCUGUGGCAUCAGAUGUCUGAUCUGCUGGGCCUAGGCUGGGUACAGGUUUCUGAAGAACGGGCAGCUUCGGGAAGAGGUUGUUGUGGGGGAUCACGGAUGGGCUACAUAGCCUCUUCUACAGGGAGCCACUAAGAGUGUGGCCAGUUUUGUAACCAUCCCAAAACUGUAACUGGAACAUGAUGGAUAGAAAUGGGUGGUCUGUCUUUUUUUUUUUCGUAAAAAUAUCUCCAAAAAGUUAUCUUCUGAGAGAGAGUCCUUUAUGAAGCUAGGAGCUGAGCUGUGUUCUCAUUCUGGAAACCAAUAGCCAGGUCAGAGCUAGGACACAUUUGCGGCAUCAGGGACCUGGCAUGGCCAGAAAUGAAUUGUGUUACUUCUCCCUGAAACCCUGGGCCCAGGGAGACGAGGAGAUGGGAGGGCUUGUGGGGUCCUGCACUCUGAGCAGUGGUGUUAAUGUUACAUUUGCACAGGACUUAUUUCCUCAUGUGUCUAUUAAUUUAUUCAGUUAGUUCAAAAUGAUUUUCUUUCCCCAGCCAGUCAAAGGUUUCCAAAUUAAGUUAGCCACUGAGUUUGAGUCAGGGAAUUCCAAGUAAAAAGGUCAGAUGAAGGUAAAUUCUUUGUUCUGUAUUGCUGCUGCGACUUCAGAAAAAAAUUAUGAAUGCUCUUCCUGGAAUCAAAAUUUCUAUUUAAUGAAGAAGUGUAUAAUUCCAUUAUUUAUUGUUUGAGGUUUCAUUUUUCUGGAAGUUUAAAAAGAAUGUUUUUGUUGUUGUUGUUAAUAGAAUCCCAAUCACAUAUCAUAUUUAACAGUAACUAAAAUGUCUCCAAGUUGGUAACUGGUGGAAUAUAGGGAUGAACGUGCCGGUCUGCACUUGAAUUUGAUUGGCAGAGAAGCUUUCUGUAGUAACAUAAUGAGAACAAAUAUUUUCAGAAAAUCAACUGAUUGGUUUUUCCAGAAUCUUGACUGAAAUGUUCAGAAUAGUAUCAAAUUUGUCACUGAUCCUUCUAUGUUUCUUUUGAAAUUUAUUAUUUAAGCCUAUUACUAAACCUUUAUAGACAUAUAUUUGGCAAGUACACCAAAGAAACCAGCUCAUAAAAGAUUAUGAUCAUUAAUGAACUGCAAACCUCAUCUUUUAAAAACAGAUUUUUUUGUGUGUAAAUAUUUGUGUUUAUAAAUGUACAGCAGAGUAAGUUUUUUAGAUUAUUUAAUUCCCAUAUUUCUAAACUAUUUACCACAGAAUAAUCCAUGCUUGUUAGUUUGGAGGACUUGACUAUUUUGUUUUUUUAAUUCAUUAUCAGUCAUGCUUGGAACAGCAUUUCCGCUAGAGAAUUCAGUGUUCUGGCAGUAGCAAGAGUACACAUCUGGAGCGUGAGGGAGUCUAGCUUGAUUUGUCAGAUACACACCCUAUGAGACGAAAAUGUGUAGUUUAAUUACCAGAGUGGACCAUACAAAAACUGAGAUUCUAACUUUCUUGCAGAAUUGCUCAUCAGCCCAGAAUGUGAUUGGGAUGAGGCCCUUUGCCCACAAAUUUAGCUUUCAUGUAACUCCUAGUGUGUUAUAUCAUAAUGUAUUUUGUUCUUCCUUUGUAAUGUAAGUUUUGCUUUGGGUCAAUUUGAAUUAAAAAAAAAACUUAAAUCUGGUUUAAAACAUA